AUGUCACUGGGAUUGCCUUUAGCGUCACUCUCACAUUUCCAAGAUGGAUUAACGAUUAUUCAAAGUGAAGCUGACAAAGUUGCUCAUGAAGUUCCACUUGUUAACAAUUACAUGACGUAUUUAAGGAGAAAAUGGAUACCAUUAUCAGAAUCUGUGAACUCAUUUUAUUGUACUGAACGAAUGGAUCCGUUUGCAGAAACGCUUUUUAAUACACUAAUUGCAUCAUUCCUGCAAGUGUCGGACCCAACAAUCAUGAAGUACAUCAAAACUGUAUCUGAUAAAUUGCGCAGGGACGUGGGUCGGGGCGUAACGCCGCAGCCAGAUAACUCGAAUCAAAAUUCAAAUCUUUCUACACCAGAUUUUCACGAAUUUCUGUUCAAUGAACAUGGCCUUGAAGAGGAGUUCCUUUCGAAAGAGGAAACAAGAUUAACGACAAUCGGCACUAACGAGAGCAGCCAAAAACAUUGCGAAAAUAACGAUAACAGCGAAAUUGAGAAAAACAACGAAAACAAUCACGAUAUAAAUAAGUGUAAUAAUAACAGAGAGGCAGAAUCAAAAUUAAAUGUAGAAAGUGAGAAGGAGAACAGCCAAGAAAUUUCAGAUAAAACAACACCGGGAACGAGCGGCACCAACGAGGAAAACAGAAAGAAGUCCGAAAAAAGGGAAAUGUUAAGUCCAACGCAGGGGCAAAAAACACACCUGAAAAUAAAAUGAAAAAAAGAGGUCGACCAUUCUCGAAGUCCAACAGCGUCAAGCCGUCAGAAAAAGGGAAAAUGACAAAAACACGAUCGAUAAAAAAAGUAAAAAAAGAUAAACAGGAUCAAGCACCUCCCCCAAAACGGAG